GGUCAGCAGCUCCGCAAACACAUUGAUGCCACGCUCGGCAGCGGCAACCUUCGGGAGGCCGUCAGGCUUCCGCCAGGCGAAGACCUCAAUGAGUGGCUCGCCGUCAACACCGUGGAUUUCUACAAUCAAGUCAAUCUGCUCUACGGCACGCUCACUGAGUUCUGCACGCCAGAACACUGCCCCACCAUGUCCGCCGGUCCCAAGUACGAGUACCGGUGGGCGGACGGUGUGCACGUGAAGAAGCCGUUGGAGGUGUCGGCGCCCAAGUACGUGGAGUUCCUCAUGGACUGGAUCGAGACACAGCUCGACGACAGCACCAUCUUCCCCCAAAAGCUAGGUCUGUGCUGCUAG